AUGAUUAUGUCUAGGCAGUUAACUGUCGAUAACAUUACUGAACUCAUCGAGUCCACGAUUAAGGCAAGUACAAUGGAGCGUUUUCGAGAACAAUCUGGCCUACUUACUGUCCGACUCGAUGACCUUACACAGGUUAGAGGUUCCUUCAACCUACCAGAGUUCUUGGUGGAAGCUAGUCGCAUCACCCAGCAACUCGGAUCAUUAGACUCCCUGGAUCCUUCCCGGCUACAUGUUCCCAGUGAUUUGGAACAGCAGGUUGUCCAGUUGUCUCAAUCUGCCCAGGCCAUUGUCGACACGCUGAACCGGACGGUAAUUUAUCGUGGUAACCAGGCUUGUGAUGCCUUUAACACCAUAAAAGAGAAUGUAGCCGCCGCUGAUCUUGCCCUACAAGAAGCUCGCGUCGCCAUGGAGAAGUCAAGUAAUACCAUCAUAGAUGACGCCUCCAGUUGGCAGGAUCUGCUGGUGCGGUUGAAUGGAAAACGCAAAACUUUGAAGGAAGAGCUCAACCAGCAGGUUGGGCUUGUGAGCUCGGCUGGAGUGACGACCAGUAAGGCACAUGAUCGUCUUGUAGAGGCUGGCGACCGUAUGAAAACUAUGCAGGCUACCUCUAAAAAGAGUCUAGCUGAUUCCAAGAAGGUGUCAGCUUCAGGUGCGCAAACUCUUGUCUUUUGUCUUUUGUUCUAA